AUGACUCGAAGCCUGGAAGAGCUGGCAGUGGAGCUGUUCGACGCAGGCGCAGUUAGACUUGGUGAUAUCGAGGCGAAGCUAGGACGACACACGCCCAUCUACUUUGAUCUGCGGGUCAUUGUUUCACAUCCUAGAAUGAUGAACGCAGUAUCGCAGCACCUCCUAAACUUAUCAUCGGGUAUUGAACACGACAUCUUGUGCGGGGUUCCGUACGCGGCGCUGCCUUUUGCGGCCGUCAUGUCGGUCACGGGAGGCACGCCGAUGAUAAUGAAACGAAAGGAAACCAAGCUGUACGCCACGAAGAAGAUUCUAGAGGGCGUCUACGAGCAGAACCAGAAGUGCCUCGUGGUCGAGGAUGUAGUGACAUCUGGUGGCAGUUUACUAGAAACCGUUACGACGCUGAGGAGCGAAGGUUUGCGAGUGAACGACGCAGUCGUGGUUCUCGAUCGCGAACAGGGUGGCGUUGGUGUACUUAAAGCUAACGGAGUGCAAGUCCGGUCGAUAUUCACUAUGACCGAUUUGGUCAACAUUUUGAGAAGCGCCGAUCGGAUUAGUGAUGAGACAGUCGAAAUUGUGUCCGAUCAUAUAAAGGAGUGCCAGUUUGGUUUACAGGAGGCUAUAGAACGAAUUUUCAGCAAGGAAAACGAAGUGCUGGAAGAGAAACAAGAGCUAUAG